AUGACUGAAGAAGACAUAUCUGCCUUAGUAACUUCAAUUGAUGAAAAUGAUAUUGAAAUAAUUCCUUCAAAUGGUUCUGAAAUAAAUGAUCAAUUGAAUUUUAUAUCUGGGCAUUUUUCAAUCGAUAAUAGAAAUCUUAAUCCACCAAUAGUUCCUAUACAAACAACAAGAUUAAAUCAUGAAGAUUCUGAGGAAUUCGAAGAUGAAACAUUAAUUGAACGUCUUUAUGGUCUUACUGAAAUGUUUCCUAAUUGGUUACAAACAUUAUUUCAAAAUUCUAAUCAUUAUGCAAAAUAUGUUGGUCAAGUUAUGAAAAAAACCAUUUGGUUUUGUAGUUCAUCAUUUAUUGUUCUUCUUCUACCAAUUCUUCUUCAACUUGAAUUUUCACAAGUUGCUGAAAUGGAAGCAGCACAAACACGUCAAAUUCUUCUUGGACCAUCAGCACAAAUUGGAUCAAAUUUUGGUAUUGGUCAAAAAUAG